AUGGUCCCAAUGCGCUACCCUGUGGAUACUUUAACCAGUGGAGACUUGGAUGGUUUAAAGCAAUCAUCAGAGGUUUACCUAUCGAGACUCGGCGACAAUGAACAGGAAUCCACUGAGAGCUUUACUCUGCCCAAUGGAGAGAAGGUUGCUGUGAUACUCUCCUCUCUGGCCUUUCUGCAGAAACACAGUGAACACUGGAUCCUGGGUCUGUACUGUUCCCAGGCAGUCAUGGCUGAGCACUUUGCUGGGCGAUGGUGGUCAGUGGAUGAUGUUCUGAAGACCAGCAACAUUACAAGGCAGGAGCUGAUCAGGUAAAUGGUACAGUCAGUUGGUGAACGGAUUGUGCUGUAUCUCCUAAAUCUGUUAAUCUAUGGAAGGAGGGAAUUUGUGCCAGGCAGUAGUUUGCGUAUGGACUGCACCAGCCAGUGUUACCAGCUUCCUGUAUUGGACACCGUGUUUGUUAGACAGACUCACAGACGCCAGGGCAUCGGGCUGAAUAUCCUGCAGGAUUUCUGUUGUACCUUCAGUGACGAUGAAGCUUUGGGAAUCAGCACCCCCAUCUCUGCAGCCCUGUACAAAGUUUGUUCCAAGUAUUUACAGACACAGCACCAGGAGCAGGAUUGCCUUUGGGAAGUGGAAGCCCCAGGAGACUGGAACCAAAGGGCUAACGUGUGGCUGCAACUCUAGAUGGGAGAUGUACCCCUGGAGAAAGGUGAGUCAAUCAGAGUUCCUGAUGAACGUUCAGACAACCCGUUUCUGGAAAACAGCUGA